UAAAGGAGGUUAAGAUGCUGGCUUCUCCCUUCUUUUAAGGAAAGAUAUAUCCGUAGAGAGGAGGGAAAAAAAAUGAAAAGAAUGAAAGAGAGGGUCUAAAAGAAAGUGUGAAGAAAUUUGAUGGAGGAACAUCUCAGUCCAUUAGCUGUUACUCAUCUCCUUCAACACACACUAAGAAGCUUGUGCAUUCAUGAGAACUAUCAAUGGGUUUAUGCAGUCUUUUGGAGGAUCUUACCUAGAAACUAUCCACCUCCCAAAUGGGAUGGUCAAGGAGCUUAUGACAGGUCAAGAGGAAACAGGAGAAACUGGAUAUUAGUUUGGGAAGAUGGUUUCUGCAACUUUGCUGCCUCAGCAGCUGAAAUAAACUCCGGAGACUGUCAUGGUUCCUCAGUCCAUGGCAGCAGUGAGUUUCAACAUUAUCAAGGACUGCAACCAGAGCUUUUCUUUAAGAUGUCACAUGAAAUCUACAACUAUGGAGAAGGUUUGAUAGGAAAAGUGGCUGCAGAUCACAGUCACAAGUGGAUAUACAAAGAACCAAAUGAGCAGGAAAUCAACUUCUUGUCAGCAUGGCAUAACUCUGCAGACUCACAUCCUAGGACAUGGGAAGCACAGUUUCAGGCUGGAAUAAAGACCAUCGCCUUGAUUGCAGUUAGAGAAGGUGUUGUGCAACUAGGAGCUGUUCACAAGGUAAUUGAAGACCUGAGUUAUGUAGUGCUACUGAGAAAGAAAUUCAGCUACAUAGAAAGCAUUCCUGGAGUACUCUUGCCCCACCCAUCAUCUUCUGCUUACCCUUUCAAAGUAGAUGCCUAUGGCACACCAGAAGCAUGGGCGCAUUUCCCAGCAGGGACAACAAUUGCACCACCGCCACCACCUGAAUUCUACGACCACUUCAAUCAGCCCAUGAAAAUAACACCUUCCAUGAGCAGCCUUGAAGCCCUUCUUUCCAAGCUUCCAUCAGUUGUACCACCGCAAGCUUCUUCCGGCUACUGCGAGUCUCAUCCACAGUCGCAGUUCCAAUCAUCGCAAAGGCCAGUGGAAUACAUUGGGAUGGAGAAAGUGGCAAAAGAAGAAAUUGAUGAAGAGUAUAAGCCUGAACAAGAUAUGGGUGAAAGCAGCACCUCCUUUUCUGCAUAUCGUCGCCAACAACAGUAUCAUCAACACCUCUCAAUGUAACCAAACGGCAGGCCCAACAAUGGAUUUUGAUAUAUAGCGAGUGAUAUUUGGAGUAUAUAUAUCAUAUAGCCCAGUUCUUAUAUGUAGAUUGUGCAUGGAUCGGUGCAUUAAUUUCUAUAAUGUUUCAGUUAGGCCAUUGGGGUGUUAAUUUCUACUAAACUAUAACAGCUUUCUUUGCUGUUGAAGCUUUGUUUAGCCCUAGGCUCCAAGCUAGUAUAUACUAUCAUGAAUCUUCAUCUUC